AUGGCAGCAGCGCUGCUGACUCGAGGCUUCGAGCAGCUCAUAGAGGAAACAAAAAGGGAUGCAGCAAAUGCUCUCGUGGACUUCUUGCUUAUUUACGACUCGCAGCAGCACAGGGAUGCUGCGCUGGCCACGCUGCAGGGCCUGCGCCCCCCAGUGCCCUUGUCCUUCGUGGUGGCUGCGGACUCGGAGAGGCGCAGAGAGCUGCGGCAGCUCUAUGACAUUUUCCUCGAACCCACUUUCGCUGUGCAGGCAGAUGAAAAAGUGGUGCGGGUCCGCGACGCAGUAAUCAACAUAUUUACCUUUCCGCAGCUGUACAUAAUGCUCAACUGUCUCCUGACGUGGGACUUGCGGCUGCUGUGUCUCUCCAACUUCCUCCUUUGGGUCUGCGGCUACUCCAGCGAUGUCGCCUCUUGGUUUUCUGACCCCGCAGACCCCGAAGCUGUGUCUUAUUUGCUGAACUUGGCCCACACCUUCUAUGACCGGCUGGGAGCAGCAGCAGCAGACACGGGAGCCCGCGAGCUGCCUGCAGAUGACAUGGCUUUGCUGCAGAAGAAUCGGCUGCUGCUGCAGCUCUACAUGGCCCAGGACCAGAAGGACACAAACCCCGCUGCAGCAGCAGCAGCUGCUGCUGCUGUAGCGAGCCAAGACUCCGCAGUGGGGACAGCCGCACCGGCCGGCAGCCCUGGAGCAGCAGCAGCAGCAGCAGCAGCAGCCGCAGCUGGCACGCCGCGCCCGGCGGGAGCAGGGCCACCUGUCUGUGGGGGCCCGUUGGAGCCGUCUCCGCUGGGGGCCCCCACCCCAGGGUCCCCUCCUGCUGCUGCUCCUGCUGCUGCUCCUGCUGCUGCUGGGGGCUAUAAAGAAGAGCUGCUGCAGGUCACGGGGGUGGGCCUUGUGGACUUCACAUUGCCUGAUGGUCAGGAACCAGUCCAGGGGGGCCUCCCUGUGGGGUCCAACGGGCUCUCGGAAGACGGGUCUGUGCUGUCGGCGCUGCCCUCGGACUUGGCCGGCGGCGGCGGGUGGGGGGGCCCCUCUGUGCUGCAGCCGGUGGGAACGCCCCCGGGGGCCCCCGGGGGCCCCCCGGGGGGCCCCGGGGGCCCCGGGGGGCCCCCCUGCCCCGCUGCGGGGCCCCUGGACUGCGCAGCGUCUUGGGUUCUGCAGCCCACAGAAAGCGGAGACGGGCGGCUGCUGCAGCAGCAAACUGUUGGGACUCGAUCUAUGCUGGCUUGUGUGUGGGAGCACGGGGCUUGUCGCUGGCGCGUGGCUGUGGCUGCUGCUGCAGCAGAAGACGGGGGCGGCGGCGAGGCGGCGCCUGCUGCUGCUGCUGCUGCUGCUGCAGCGCCUCCUGCUGCGCUGGUGAGCCGCAGCUGCUUCUUCUUCUCGCCUUCAGACCCGUUGAAGAGGAAGCAGGCGCUGCUGCUGGCCAGGCGCUGGGCUGCCUGCCAGCUGCUGCUGGGGGAAAGACUUUGUGUCUUGGCUUCUCAAGUUCCCGGGACUGAAACUGCUGUGGAGUUUCUGCAGCGGUUUCCCGGGCUGUGGACUGCAGCAGAUGAAGCAGAUGCUGCUGCACUGGCUCGGCUGGGGCCGCAGCAGCUGCGGGCUGUGGCAGUGGCUUGCGAGGGGGAGGGCGCUGCGGGCUUUGCUGCAGCAGCGCCGGAGGCGGGCCUGCACAGCGGCAGCAGCAGCAGCAGCAGCAGCGCAGCGCCAGCAGCAGCAGCGCACAGCCCCGCCUUCAACCCGCCGCCGCACACCCAAAUCCCAGCAGCAGACGCUGCAGCAGCGCCGCUGCAGCUGCUGCCGCCGGACGGCGCACAAGCAGCGCCGGCGGGCUGGCCGGAGUGGCAGGGGCCCCCCAACUGCAUGCACGGGCAGGGCUUUUCCCCGGGGGCCCCCCUGGGGGCCCCCCUGGGGGCCCCCCUGGGGGCCCCCUGGGGCCCCGCGGCAGAGAGCAGCGGGGCAGAGGGGCCCAGCGCAGGGGCCCCCUGUGGGGUCCCCGCCAAGAAAGGGAAGCUGCGGUCGAGGCCCCAAAGACAUGUGCUGCCGAUGGAUGAUGCGGCAGCAGAAAGGCUGCGGGCUCAAAAAGCAGCAGCAGCAAGAGUGCGGUGGAUGCGGUACCGAAUGCAGCAGGAAGCAGAGGCGCAGCAGCUUUCUGCAGCACUUGCUGCUACCCUCACAGACAAACCCACAAUGCAGCCAAACGGACUUAACUCCAUAACAGCAGUUUACCCCAUGUAA